GGGUGGGGGCGGGGGAGACCCUACGUUAAUUAUCCGGAAAGACACUUGAGUCAGAUCCCUGCUCACUGGAUAGCAGAAUGAAUUCCCGAAGGGUCAGACGGUAAGAACCAGAGAGACUCACCCCCAGCAUCUGUGUCCCGCGCUCCCCACUCCUCUCAGGGUGUGUAUUUAUUUAUUUAUUUUAAAGAUUUAUUUAUUUAUUUGAGAGAGCGAGAAUGAGAGAGAGAGAGAGCACAUGAGAGGGGAUAGGGUCAGAGGACGAAGCAGACUCCCUGCCGAGCAGGGAGCCCGAUGCGGGACUCGAUCCCGGGACUCCAGGAUCAUGACCUGAGCCGAAGGCAGCUGCUUAACCGACUGAGCCACCCAGGCGCCCCAGGGUGUGUAUUUAAUUGUGUGCAGCAUCCUAGGGCCUCAGGAGGGCAGAUCAUCGUGGCACACGGAGUCUCUUCGGGCGGAUGGAAUCCCCGACACCAGCGAGCUCUCAUUUGGGAAUGGCUGUCCCUAGGGGACCGUGGGUGCUAUCUGGGGGGAGACCCUCCCUUACCCUGUGGCCCUGUGGUUCUAGUGGUAUCGAGGGUCCACUCCGUUUAUGCCCAGCUGACCCGCCAGGCGAGGAGGAAGCCGCUGACCAUUUUGCCAGUGUCCCAGCACCAAGCCCUCCAGUCUCUCCCCUUCCCUGGAGUGCAUUUCCUUGUUCUUGUGAGGAAGUCCUCAUCGGGCCUCAUCUGGCUUUUCCUGUGGAUCAAGGAUGAGUUUCUGUGGUUCAAACAUUGAGAGGGAAAAUCCUGAGCCAUGUGCGAAGGAGGGGGCGGGCGAAAGGGGCCACUGACAUGCACCACGAUUAGGAGGGUCUUCAAACUUCUAGAGGCUGGCAGAGAAUUGGUCUGGAAGAGUUAGGAAGGGGCCGGGGGACCUGGACCCAUUGCUGUGAGCUGCAGUGUCCCCAGAGCAAAGACGGAACCGCAUGCAGCGUGGGGCCAGGGUGGUAGAAGCGCUCCGUCCCCUGCAAGAAGCUCCCGGGCAACAAGGCUAAGGCGAGGACCAGAGCCCUCCCUCUCUGUUCACCUCUGGUGUUUGUGACUGUCCUGGGGCGGCCGGAGCAGAGCACCACAGCCUGUGUGGCCAACGCAACAGAAACCUCCACUCUCUCAUUCUGGAGGCCGGAAGUCCGAAGUCAAGGGUCGGCGGCGCCCUGCUCCCUCCGAAGGCCCGAGGAGAGGAUGCUCCCUGCCUCUUCCAGCUUCUGAGGGUCCCUCUCAACCCUCAGCAUCCCUUGGCCCGAAGCUGUGUCACUCGUCUCUGCAUCCACUGCCACAUGGCCUUCUCCCUGUGUGUCCGUGUCUCUUCUAAGGACACCGUUCGUCAUCGUGCAUCAGGGCCUGCUUGACUCUAGGAUGAUUUAGUCACAUCUGCAAAUUUCCUGUUUGCAAAGGUCACUUUCACGGGUACUGGAAGGUCAGGACUUGAGCGUAUCUUGUAGAGCACCUGACUCAGCACCGGGCAGUGUUUUCACCAGCAGGUGCCUGCUCAGGGUGGAGCACAUGUGUCCUAGAGAGACACCUGAUGCCCCGGGCAUCUGGCCGGCCAGCCCUCUGCCCUGCAGAGCUGAGACCACGUGCUCCCGGUGAGUCGGAGCCAGCUCUCCGGCGAAUUCUGCAGCACGUCCUCUCUGGCUCCCUGCUUAGGUUGUCAAGCUUUUGUUCUAGUUUAUCUCAGUUUCACUUCAUAAAUGGUUUGCAAAAGAGGUUGGCAUCACAGAUCAUGUCUUCCUUGAUAAUUUAUUUUUUUUUUAGUUUAUUUAUUUGACAGAGAGAGACACAGCGAGAGAGGGAACACAAGCAGGGGGAGUGGGAGAGGGAGAAGCAGGCUUCCCGCUGAGCAGGGAGCCCGAUGCGGGGCUUGAUUCCAGGACCCUGGGACCAUGACCCUAGCUGAAGGCAGACGCUGAACGACUGAGCCACCCAGGUGCCCCUUCCUUGAUAAUUUAAACAAUUACUGGUCCUUCCUGGAGUUAGCCAUGAUACCGUUUGGUGUAUAUCUUUGCCAGCUUUUGGCCAUCUUGCGAUACGUGUGUGUGUUAUAUAUAUAGUUAUAUAUAUUUAAGUUUUUUUUUCCAGGUUUGUUAGUUUUAUUUUUUUGGUAAUAGCUUUAUUUAGAUGUAAUCCACAUCCCAUACAGUUGGUUCAUUUAGGGUAUGCAGUUCAUGCACAGAGUUGGGCAGUCACCAUGUCUGUCUAAUUCUGGAUCCUUUCAUCAUUCUCCCAAGAAACCCUGUCCCCGUGAGCCGUUACCUCCCAGCCCUAUUCUCUAGCCCGUGGCAAAAACAGAUCUACUUCCUGUUCAUGGAUGAGCCUGUUCUGGAGACGUGUCACACACGUGGACUCACACCCAUGGGGCUUCUGUGUCUGGUUCCCUCUCUGAGCGUUGUGGGCUCGGGGUCGGUCCACGUAGAGCGUGUCAGGGCUGCACUUCUUUUUAAGGCUGAAUAACAAUCUGCUGUGUAGACGGAGCACAUUUGUUUACCCAUUCAUCUGUUGACAGACCUUUGGGUUGCUUCCACCUUUGGGUGACUGCGAGUCACGCUGCCGUGAACAUUUGUGAACAGAUGUUUGUGUGGACGUAUGUUUUUGUUUCUCUUGGGCAGAGAGCGUGGGUCCCAUGUUACCUGUGUUUAACCAUUCGAGGAACUGCCAGACUGUCUUCCACGGCGGCGGCCCCGUUGUCCAUGCCCAAGGCGUCCAUUUCUCCCCGUCCUCCCCAGCCCCUGUUCUUGCCUUUCUGACGCUAGUCAUCCUGCUGGGGGUGACGUGUUACCUCACUGUGGGUUUGAUCUGUAUUUCCCCCAUGACUCACGACGUUGAGCAUCUUUCUGUGUGCCGUUCCGUCAUCUGAGUAUCACCUUGGGAGAAGUAUCUUUAUUUGAGUGGGCUUUUUCUUUUGAAGGGAUUUGGGGAAGAGGCAUGCAGAUGGCGCACGGAGCCCCCCGUGCCUUUCCACAGCUCCCCCCCUCAUGCAGCAGCCCGGCUUCUUCGUUUGCCCUCGCCCCAAGGAACCUUGUGGGGAUUCUUGUGUCCCAGUCGCCCUUCUGUGUGAAAUUCUUCUGGCGGGAGGCUACUAUUUUUUAAAAUGUUUAAUUGUGAAUUAAUUAUAGACUCACAGGAUGUUGCAGAAGCGGGGCAGAGCCCCCUGUACCCAUCACGCAGCUUCCCCCAUUGGCAUCUCUCACAACAGUGAUGGAAGCCAGCACAUUGAUACUGACCAGCCCCCCCACGAAGAUUUAAUACCACAGAUGCAUCAGUGUGUGGGGGCUGCCACAGAGCCCCGCGGACUGGGUGGCUCACACCACAGAGCUCGGUUCUCUCCCAGACCUGGAGCUGGAGGCCUGAGAUCGAGGUGUCGACAGGGCUGAUUUCAUUCUGAAGGCUCUCUCCUUGGCGGUAGACAGCUGUCUUGUCUCCGCGCCCUCACAUGGUCUUCUCUGUGUGUGUCUGUGUCCCAGUCCUCUCUUCUUUUCUUAUUUUUUGUUUGUUUAUUUAUUUGAGAGACACAGAGAUAGUGAGAGAGAGCACCAGCAGGAAGGAGGGGGACAAGCAGGAUCCCCGAUGAGCAGGGAGCCCGAUGCGGGGCUCGAUCCCAGGACCCCGGGACCGUGACCUGAGCCGAAGGCAGACGCUUAACGACUGAGCCACCCAGGCGGCCCCCCACCCCCAGUCCUCUCUUCUUAUAAGGACAUGGGUUUUAUGGGACCAGGGCCCAUUCCUAACGACCUCAUUUUGACUUAAUUGCCUCGUUAAGAGCCCUGUCUUGAAAUACAGUCACCUUCUGAGGUCUUGUGGUUGGGACUUGAAGGUAUGAAUUUGGAGGGGACACCGUUUAGCCCAUAACAACAGUUACAUUUACACAGACUUACGUUGGAGAUACUGCAGGUUUGGUUCCGGACCACCGACAAUAAAGCGAGUUUCCCAGGGUGCGUAAAAGUUAUGCUUACACUGACCUGGAGUCCGUUAGGUGUGCGGUAGCAUGAUGUCUAAAAAUAUCGUGUACGUGCCUUAAUUUAAAAAUACCUUAUUGCUAAUAAAUGCAAACCGUCAUCUGAGCUUUCCGCAAGGCAUCAUCACCGACCACAGAUCUCCGUAAUAACCACAGUAAUGACGAGCUCGUGAGAUCGCCGUGGCACAGAGACGUGAAGUGAGCAAACACCGUGGGAGGAAUGGCCCCGCACACUUGCUGGAUGCGGGGUUGUCCCAGACCUUCGAUACCAAACAACGCAUUAUGUGUAGGUGUGCAUUAUCCGCCUCUGUACUGAACAGGCAUCUGUGCCUUAUACAUAAAAAGAACACUUCUUCUGACCUCCCCUCCCCACCCCAAGAACCAAUUUGCAGUACCCCAGGGUUAACACCGCCUUACCCCUUACUGAGAAUGCUUCUCCUCAUGUCAUCGACACCUCACUGUGGGGCGUUGAUCGCAACCAAGAUGCGACCCGGAGCGUGGACGGGAGGGGGCGGGCGGCAUCAGGUCUCGGUUCAGCAAGAUGAGUCAGCAAUAGGGCGUCAUGCACCUAAAAUGGGUCAUGAGGAUAAAUCUCAUGUUGGGUGUUCUUACCACACACUAUAAAAAAAAAAAAAAAAAAAGCGUCAACCAACCAAGAGAUUAACGCUAGUUCUGUUCUAUUAAGUAGAUGGCAGACUUUUUCAGAUUUCCCCAGAUUUCCCACUACCAUCUUCCUUCUGGCCCAGGAAACCCAUCCAGGGGCCCACAGGACAUUUUGUCACCUUGCCUUCCUUCUUGGGCUCACCCAGUCUGUGACUGUUUCUCACACUUUCCUUGUCUUUCAUGACCUUGGCGCUUUUGAAGAGCACUGGCCAGGUGUUUGUAGAAGGUCCCAUGGGUUGAGUUUGAUGUUUUCUCACGAUUACACUGGGGUUAUGGUUUGGGGGGAGGGUAUCCCAGUGGUGUCAUGUCACAUCAGGGCAUAUCUGCUGUCCAGUCCGUGUCGCCGGUGACUCCAGCCUCAAUCACCUGGCUCGGGUGGGGUCUGACAGGUUUCUCCAGUAGUAAGGUUGCCGUGUCUCCCUUGAUCUGCAGUGUUUGCUGGAAGCAAGUCACCGAGUCAACCCACAUGGAAAGCAGGGGUCUGGGGAGGCGGAGCUCCACCUCCUGGACGAGAAACAUGGAAGGAUUUACAGAUGUGUUAAAACCAGGGUGCUAAUCAACAUAUUCUGGAGGCAUGACCAAUGUCCCGCCUCUCCUUGGAAUCUCCCCAGUAACGAAGUGUGUGCAUCGCUGGGUCUUGUCUGCAGGGAUGGUUACUGGGGUGUUCCUGUGGUGAUGGUCUGUUAAUGGGGGGGGGAGUGAUUUUUUUGAAGUUUUCAUCCAGGAAUCCAGAUCAAGCCCAUCACAAGUGUCCAUUCAUUCCUCGUGAGUCUGCGUGAGAGUUUAGAGUUUACACAUGGAUGACACACCCAGAGGGGGCAGGUGGCUCACCUGUGGUGAGUGGGGACAGAGUGGGGACUGCUUCAGGAUGCCGUCACUGAGGGCCAGAGCCAGACACUCGUUAGCGUGCUGGAAACAGAGUCUGCUCAGGCCCUGUGGCAGGGGGGAGAGACCUCCCGGUGGACCUGGGCUCCAUCCCUGAUGCAGCGUGGACAAGCCGGGGCAUGUGGCAAGGGAGCAGGAGGGGGUCAGCGGACAGGCACUUGCCAAGAGGACACAUCAGGGGGGCUCUGGCUAAACAGAGCUGAUGGGGCUGCUGCUGCAGGCAGGCUGGGUGAUCCCCACGCCACGUGGCUGUGGGAUGGGGGGACCGGUCAGCUCUCCAGGGGAUCAGACACAGGGCAGGGGCUCUUGCUAAAACUGGGUAAUGCAGAACUAAACUCAGAAGCUCAGAGGUCAAGGCCUGGUUGAAAGGAGGGUUCAGAGUGGCCCAACUAAAGUUGGGUCAGGGAGCGAGUCCAGGGAGCCAGCUGGGCUGUGGGAAGGCAGAUGUGAAUCUGAGACACGCCCGGGGUGGGGGCGCCUGUGGGCUCUGAACUGAGCCUUCCAGAGUUUGAGCCUGGGUGGUCCUGCUAGGUUGAAUGGUGUUCCCCGCAAAAUUCAUGUCCACCCGGCACCUUAGAAUGUGAGCUUAUUUGGAAAUAGGAUCUUUGCAGAUGGUGUUAGUGAAGGCGAGGUCAUUUUGGAGUAGGCGGGCCUAACCCAACGACUUGGUGUCCUCAUAAGAAGAGAGACACAGAUUCGGGAGACAGCCACGUGACCAUGGAGGCAGAGACUGGAGGGACGUGGCCACAAGCCCAGGGCCAGCUGGAGUGCCCAGAACCUGGAAGAGGCAGGAAGGACCCUCUUCUGAAGCUGCUGGCGGGGGCGCAGCCCUGAGACCUUGAUCUGACUUCUGACCUCCAGGAUGUGAGAGACUCUGCCUGCUUUGGAAACUGCUCCUAAGAGAAGAGAAUGGCUGCUGGCUACCUGCCCCCAUGGCCCCAGGAGUUGGUGACCUUGGAGGAUGUGGCCGUGGACUUCUCCCGGGAGGAGUGGGCGAUGCUGGAUUCCGCGCAGAGGAGGCUCUACAGAGAGGUGAUGCUGGACACCUGGGCGAACCUGGCCGCCCUGGGAGCCUUGAAGAACCAAAGUUCUGAUAUAGGCGUUGACGAUGGCACACUUUCCCCAAUGCAGACCUCGCGGGCCACCAGUCCUUCCCCACAGGUGGGGUGUCCACUCUUUCUACCAGUGGUGCCUUCCCACUUGGAGCCAGGAGAAGCCAUGUGGAUGGGGCCACAAGGAACUCCCCAAACCUCCUGUUCAGAUUUGGAGACUAGUCUGAAAAGCCAAGAGUCAAUUUAUAAGAAGGUGGUUUUGGAGGAAGAACCAGCCAGUGGUAUGAAUAUCAUAAAGCUCUCCAGAGAAGACUGGGCAUGUGGUCAGCUGGAGGAGAACCAUGAAGACUCCCACAGGCUUUUGAGGCAAAUGGCAUAUACCCAAGCAGAGGCAUUUGCUCCAAAGGAGUCCACUGCCUGGCAUGAGUUUGGGGAAACCUGUAGUAUGAACUCAGACCUUGCUUUAUCACAAGGAGGUUUUGUAGGAAAACAUUUCCAUGACUGUGAUCUUGAUAUUGAGAGUUUGGUAGCUGAUCCAUUCUUAAAACAUCAUCAGAUGGGAUAUUCAGACCAGAGGCCCUGUGAAGGGAAUGAAUGUGGAAAAGACAUCAGCCCAAACAGUCCCUUUGUUCAACACAAAAGAACUGGAAUCUGUACGCAUGCAGAAAGUGGGGAGUCAUUUAAUCAUGGUAUGGCUCUUAGGACACACACCACAAUUAAUACAGUGGGGAAACCCUAUGAAUGUUACCACUGCGGGAAAAUGUUUAAUCGGAGGCAUUCCCUGAGUGAACAUCAGAGAAUACAUACAGGAGAGAGACCAUAUGAAUGUCAGGAAUGUGGGAGAGCCUUUACGCACAGCUCAACCCUCACACGACACUUGAGAACUCAUACUGGAGAGAAGCCCUACAUGUGCAGUGACUGUGGGAAAGCCUUCAACAGGAUUUCGUCUCUUACCCAGCACCGGAGGAUUCACACAGGGGAAAAGCCCUAUAAAUGCAAAGACUGUGGAAAAUCCUUCUGCCAGAGUUCUUACCUGAUCUUGCACAGGAGAACGCAUACUGGUGAGAAGCCCUAUGAAUGUAAUGAAUGUGGAAAGGCCUUCAGUGAUCGUUCCUCACUUAACCAACACGAGAGAACUCACACCGGUGAGAACCCCUAUGAAUGUAAUCAAUGUGGAAGAGCCUUCAGCCAGAGGUCUUCCCUCGUUAGGCACGAGAGAACUCACACUGGAGAGAAACCGUAUAGCUGUAAUGAAUGUGGGAAAGCAUUCAGCCAGAGCUCAUCCCUUAUCACCCAUCAGAAAACUCACACUAGUCAGAAAACCUAUAAAAUAAUUGAUUGUGGGAAAGCUUUCUAUCAGAGCAGCUACCUUAUUGGAUUUUAGAGAUUAUUGCUGCUCUGUAAAGUAACUUUUAGCACUCUACUACUUAAGUGUGGAUAGGUUUUGCCCUUGUGAUGUACUAUUUGAAAAGAAGUAGGUGUAUGCCACAUUCUUGAAGAAAAACACUGAAGUCCAGAUCUGAGAAGGGACCUUUUUAAUGGGGAGAAUUGCCAUUGAGCUAUGCCCAAUGCCUGUGCUUUUGGAAGAGAUUAAUAAAUGUGAACACUAACAUGCAGUGGGAUUUUGCUAAGAAUUGUCACAUUAAUUUAGUUGUUGAAACAAAAAGUAUUCUGUUUCAACCUUUUGUUUGAAACUUCAGUAUUAUUGUUUCAAUAAUCGGUUUCAAUAUUUUACAUAGUCAUUCUGCCCCUGUUGGUCACUUGGCUAGGUCCUAACUUGUUUCUUGUCCUGCUAUGGCAAUGCAGAAUGUAUGCUUACACAGAAGGAGCUUUGGGUGCAAAGUGGAAAAUAAAGAGUGCAAAAUAGUAUGUGUGAUUCUAUCCAGUGAAGUCAAAAUAUGUACAUAAGUGGACAAAGGCCGGACAGAGAUGUGGAAGAAUGAACGGAGUUCAUUUGUCAGAGUUAUCUGAUUAUGUGUGAUUUUCUGCCUUUUGCCAUUUUGUUUGGUAUUGCCAAACAAUUUGCUAUUUUGUUUGGUAUUUGCCAUUUUGUAAUGGUAAUCAGUAGAAAUCAGACAAUGCCAAGGGAUACGGCUUUGAGCAGUCAGGGAGGACUGUGGACGCCAUGAUGGGAAGGAUACAGUGCAGUAGGUCAGUGAAGCAGCCUUUGAUGGCCUGGGAGAAGUCCCAACUGUGUGGUGGACUUGGCAGAGCAGAGACCACGAGCUCUGAUGUGCAUCAUUACCAUCAACGUCAAUAUUUACUGGUUGCUUGCUGUAUUUUCAGCAUCACUCUAGCUCUUAUAUGUGGUUCCUCGUUUAAUCUGAACAACCCCAUGAGAUGGUAGCUGUUCACAUCUCUGUAUGACAGAAGCGGAAACAGAAAUAAGGUAACUUGUCCAAAGUCAGACGACUAGAAAGUGGCAGAGCCAGGAUUUGAACUUGAACAACCUGUUCAAGGGGAGCUGUGUUUUCUAAAUUCUCCUUGGAAGCCAUCUGACUUUCAUCUGAAUCUUUCCCUCUCUCUGGAGCUGAUGAGGAUGGUUGCCUGUCAGAUCUUUCAAUUAAGUGGCACCUGAUUACAUGGGUGUUGUUGCCUUUCUCCAAAGUAGAGAUCCCUCAUCUGGAGUCCGUGUAGACCCUAUUGGGCUGAUGGAUGUUGCUUGACGGCUCUGUGAACAAUCUUGAGUUGGAUGCAGAAUGUAUGCUGGGGCAUAAUGUGUUAUCUGGGGCAGUGUCUGUCGCUUUCAUCCCAUUCUGAGGACUAGCUGACAUGGGGUGUCAUGGGUACACUGUUUUUCCAUUUCGCAGGGAGCCUGGUUCAUUGUGUAGCCAGACCCAUGAUGGAGUGAGGGGCCGGGAUAGACAUUAAAUAGCUAACUACAUACUUUAAUUAAAUAAUUGCAUAUUUUGGUAGUGCUCUUGGGGACUUAAACAGGAUGCUGCUGUGAUAGAUAAUAUGAGAGGGACCAACCUCAGGGCCUUUCUGAGAACCUGAUACUUGAUUUGAGAUGUGAGUGAUUGGAGCCUCCAAGGUGAGGAAUUUAACCAGAGGAGACCUUCAGUUUAGCUUCGUUUUCACAUAGUUAAUAAAAAUAUAUUUACAAGGGUGUCGGGCUGGCUUGUCGGUAUAGCAUGUGACUCUUGAUCUCAGGGUCAUGAGUUCAAGCCCCACGUUGGGCGUGGAGCCUACUUAAAAAAAUAUUUACAAUGUUUGUUUUGAUUUCUCUGACUCAAAAGUACUUUGAGAGAGAGUAUGUAUUUUUUUAAACUUUCGGGUGUUUAAAUACCCUUCUCCCGCUCUUUAAAAACAAAUUAUUUUUCUUGUCUGAUUGCACUGGCUCAAUCCUUUAGUACAGUGCUGAACAGGAGUGUUGAGAACAGACCUCCUUGCUUUGUUCCAGAUCGUAGGGAAAAGCAUUCAGUCUUUCACCACAGAGUAUGAUGUUUUCUGCGGGCUUUCUGUAGAUUCCCAUCAUCUUUAUUCAGUUUCUGCUUUUAUUAUGCUAUGGUCUGAGAAUGUGUCUACUGUCUUGAGUCGUUGAGACAUGUUGAGUUUCACUGUGUGGUGUACUAUAUGAUCGAGUUUUAGAGGUGUUCUCUAGAUACCGAGGAGAAGCUGUAUUCUCUGUUUUUGUGCUUUGGAAUCUGGCUUGUCUGUUAAAUCAAUCUUACUAAUCAUUGGCUCUCAAAUUUCAUGUCAGGAGAUUGAGAUUUGACAAGUGAGAGUUGGUGCUCAGUAAUGUGCAUUUUUAAUAAGCACACCAGGCGAUUUCACAGAUGCUCCUUCUCUUUCAGUUACACUUUGAGAACCAUAGCUGGUCCUUAACUGUACUUAGAUUGUUGAUUCAAAGAUAAUUAGCUCAAAAGGAUUAAGUUACAGUUUCCUACUGCUCUUGUGCUAACUUCCCGUCUGUAUUUUCUGUUGUUUUCACUUCUUUUUCUGUUGUUUUGGUUUUUUAUUUUCUUUUAUUUGGUGUAAAUAAUUCGUGACAGGUCUUCAUUGUGAAUUAUGCCCUUUAUCAUUUUGAAAUGACUCUCUUUGUCUGCUUCAAUUAAUAGUACCACCUCUGCUUUUUCAACAAAACAAAUUUGUUUAUUUUUGGUAUAAUUUUUCACCUCCUUUGAAGUUCAACUUUUUUUUUUUUUUAAAGAUUUUAUUUAUUUAUUUUGAGAGAGAGAGAAUGAGAGAGAACACAUGAGAGGGGAUAGGGUCAGAGGGCAAAGCAGACUCCCUGCCGAGCAGGGAGCCCGAUGCGGGACUCGAUCCCGGGACUCCAGGAUCAUGACCUGAGCCGAAGGCAGUCGCUUAACCAACUGAGCCACCCAGGUGCCCUGAAGUUCAACUUUUUAAGUUCCUUGUGUCUCUCAUUUUUAGUACAUAGUUGGUUUUUGUUUUAGGAUUCAAAGCAGAAAAUCUAUUUGUUUUUAAAGGACACAUUUAUGCCAAUUAUUGCUGUGAUAAAUGUUGGCUUUAAUUCUGAUGUACUUUAUGUCACUUAUUUUUGAAGCUUCUUUUAUUUUCUGACUUCUCUAUUGAUGGUAUUGGUGGAGUGUAUUUCUUUUCUGGUAAUUUGGAAGGUGUGUUUCCUGCUUCAGUGUCUUUUAGUAUUUUAUUUUAUUACAUUAAACAUUACAAUGAAACUAUAUUGUGACUUACCAGUAUUAAGCAGCCUUUGUAGGAUAAAAAGGCCAAGUUGCAGAGUGUGUAUAAUACAUAAUACACUUUAGGGCGCCUGGGUGGCUCAGUUGGUUAAGCGACUGCCUUCGGCUCAGGUCAUGAUCCUGGAGUCCCGGGAUCGAGUCCCACAUCAGGCUCCCUGCUCAGCAGGGAGUCUGCUUCUCCCUCUGACCCUCCUUCCUCUCAUGCUCUCUGUCUCUCAUUCUCUCUCUCGCAAAUAAAUAAAAUCUUAAAAAAAAAAAAUACAUAAUACACUUUAAAAAAUUUUUUGAAAGUAGGGAAAAUAAUGUUAUAUAUAGUGUAUGGAUUCAAAUGUAUGUCAUGGCAAUAAUAAACACCAAAUUUGUGACUGUGGUUUCCUCUGGGAGGAGGUGGAAGGGAUUUGGGGAUCCUGGAGGCGAUACACAGGGCAUUUCAAUUCUAUCUGUAAUGUUUUCUUUCUUUCAAGCAAUCUGAUGGAGUAUGGUAAGCUGAUAGGAUUUAAUACAGUUUAACAGCAGAUACAUGAGUGUUCAGAAACUUACUGCAUGUCCUGUAUGGUUGAAAUGCAUAACAGUUUUAAAGUGCUUCCCUUCUCUCUGUGUUGUGAUUCUCAUUAAUCCAUGCUCUGAGGAGGCGUGCAAAAAACCAGCCCUCCUAAUGUUUCACAAAUGGAUGCUUAUGGUGUGGGUAAAAUUUCUCAUCAGAAUAUCAUCUAAAAAGUGCUACAUUUCAGGGACGCCUGGGUGGCUCAGUCCAUUAAGCACCUGCCUUCAGCUCAGAUCACGAUCCUAGAGUCCUGGGAUCGAGCCCCACAUCAGGCUCCCUGCUCAGCGGGGAGCCUCCUUCUCCCUCUGCCGCUCCCCCUGCUUGUGUGUGCUCUGUCUCUCUGACA